AUGACGCAGACCAACCAGAACUGCUCCAAUCAGGAUAUAACAUUCAAAAACAGCCUCUACGCCACCACCUACACCCUCAUCUUCAUCCCCGGCCUCCUGGCCAACAGUGCAGCCCUCUGGGUCCUGUGUCGCUUCAUCAGCAAGAAGAACAAAGCUGUCAUCUUCAUGAUCAACCUGGCCGUGGCCGACCUGGCCCACGUCCUCUCCCUGCCGCUGCGAAUAUACUAUUACAUUAACUCCUCCUGGCCCUUUGGGACGUUCCUUUGCCUGCUGUGCUUCUACCUGAAGUACCUCAACAUGUACGCCAGCAUCUGCUUCCUCACCUGCAUCAGCAUCCAGAGGUAUUUCUUCCUCUACCAGCCCUUCAGAGCCAAGGACUGGAAGCGGCGCUACGACGUGGCCAUCAGCGCCGGGGUCUGGCUGCUGGUGGGGGUGGCCUGUUUGCCUUUCCCCAUCAUGCGUAGCCACGGCUUGGCCAACACCACCAGCACCUGCUUUGCAGACCUUCACGUCCGGCACAUCGACAGCAAAGCGGCCACGGUGCUGAUGAUGGUCACAGCCGAGCUCUUCGGCUUCGUCGGGCCCCUUGUCGUCAUCUUGUUCUGCACCUGGAAAACCAAGGACUCUCUGCGGGGCUUCCAGAUCCCUCUGCAGAACAGCAGUGAGAGGAGGAAGGCCCUGAGGAUGGUGUCCAUGUGUGCCAUCGUGUUCUGCGUCUGCUUCGUGCCCUAUCACAUCAACUUCUUCUUCUACAUGCUGGUGAAGGAAAAUGUCAUCACGGACUGCUUCCUGAGCACCAUCACCCUCUACACCCAGCCCUUCUGCUUGAGCCUCGCCAGCCUGGACUGCUGCUUGGAUCCCAUCCUCUACUUCUUCAUGACUUCAGAGUUUCAGGACCAGAUAACCAGGCACAGCAGCAUGGUCAUCAGGAGCCGGCUCAUGAGCAAAGAGAGCGCCUCGUCCAUCAAGGAGUGA